GCCUGCGAAGAAAGGAGCUGCUCGGACUCGACUCGCCAGUGCCGCUGGAGACGCUCUCGAGACGACCGCAGCAGCGAAGCUCCGGCGAGAGAGGACAUAAGACGCGUAUUUUUUUUUGUUUUGUUGUUAUUUUUAUAUAUAUACGUAGGUUGAUAGUCUUUUUUUAAUUCACCCUAUUUAUUGUGCCCUGGAGGAGGGAUAUGAACACCUAACGCGCGGCGGCGGCGGACGAUGGUGAAAGAAGAACCGGGAUCCGAGCCUGAGCAGCCGAACGGAACUUAUUGUUGUGUUGCGAUUGUUUGGGCUAUGGUACUCCCGAGUGAACUCGGCUUCGGUCCUUCGUCGGCCCUCCAACGGGAAUAUUUUACCGGUUUUUAACCAACUUUGAAGGAUAAACGCCGAGCGAAAGAAGGUUUUUUUUUAAAGGAUUUUUUCUCUCUCUCUCUCUCUCUCCUCUUCGGGGAUUUUAAUUCGCUGGUGCUCCUCGGGGGGGGGGUGAGGGGAGACAUUCAUGUGGCCACUCUCUCGUUUCUAGUUUUCCCUCUUUGGGGGUGGGGGGAGAGAGUGCAUAAUGAGCAAAGAAAGACCCAAACGGAAUAUUAUUCAGAAGAAAUACGACGACAGCGAUGGGAUCCCGUGGUCGGAGGAGCGGCUGAUGCGAAAGGUGCUGUACCUGUCCCUCAAGGAGUUUCGCAGUGCGCAGAAACGCCAGCUGGACGGUCAUGACGGCGGCAACCAAAACGGCUCCUUAGCCAACGGGCAGCUCAAUGGCUCCGGAUCAAUGGGCGGCCAGAAAGAUGGCGGCUCGCUGCACGCGGCGCGCCUGGACGAGGGCGGCGACUUCUGCGAGGACGGCCCGGCUAAGAAGAGGCCUCGGCUGCAGGCGCAGAGGAAGUUUGCGCAGUCACAGCCCAACUCGCCCAGCACCACGCCCAUCAAGGUGGCUGAGCCCACCGGCCUCAACGUGGGCCAGGCCACCCCGGCGCCCGCCGCCACCACCACCGCCGCCGCCUCCAACGCUGCCGCCGCCUCUUCCUCGUCGCUGUCACCGUCGCUUGCCGCCUCGUCGCUGUCGUCAUCCAUCCAGGACCUGUCCCGACGAAAACCCAAAACGGAGGACUUCCUCACCUUCCUCUGCCUCAGAGGUUCGCCGGCAUUGCCCAACCACAUGGCUUACUUCGGCAGCUCUCAGGAGGAGGAGGACCUCGGGGAGGUGGAGGAUAACGACAACGACGAGGAGCUGAGGAGCAGCGGCGGCUGCGGGCAUUUGCACAGCGUGCCGAGCGGCGGCGGCCACGCCUCCUCCUCCUUCUCCUCCUCCUCCUCUUCUUCAUCCUCCUCCUCCUCUUGCCAUUCCACGCCACGCAAGGGCAAGCCCCUCGCACGCCAACCCCUCAACGGCCACGUGCUGACCAACCACAGCAAAGCGGGCAUGCGGGAGAGCCCUCGGCCCAAGGCGGCGCCUCCUCCCCCUCCUCUUCCGCCGCCGCCACCGCCGCUCCUGAGGGAGCGCAGCGAGCGGGCCGAGGCGCGCGAACACGUCAGGAUGUUGCAGGCCAUGGCCGGCGCUAACGCUAGCACCGCCGCCAAAGGCCUGUCCAUCAGGAGGGCCGCCGAGGAGCUUCGCAAGCAGGUCUCCAGAGUGAACGGGCUGACGCGUCUGAGCGCCCUGCAGGCGGCCGCCAAGAGGAGCCGCGACUUCCGUCUGCCGUCCAAAACUGUGAAGAAGUACACGGCCACCGUGUCCAAGGGCCACGUCACCUACACCAAAGCCAAGCAGAGGGAACUGGGCAAGAAAACCAAACUCAGCAGCAGCAGCAGCAGCAACAGCAACAUGGCGAACAAUCACAAUCAGCACAGCCAGCCAGCAGCCAGCAACAGGCUGACCUACUCAGGAAAAGCAGCAGCAGCAGCGGCCUAUCACAGCAAUGCAAAAACCCGCAAACAGGUGCUACUAGCCAAGGGGCUGCACGGGGGCGACCCCGCUGCCGCCUCCCGCCUCAACGGGAGGCUGAACGGGCUGCAGCACAACAACAGGGAGGACGGCCACGGACACGAGGGCGACUUCCCCGGGCGAGAGGGUCUGCGCAACUCCAAACGGCGCCUGGAGGUGGUGCUGCACUCAGUGGAGGCCAGCGUGCUGAAGGGCGGCCAGGAGCCCAAGAAGGCCAAGCUCCAGCCUCCGUCGCCGCCGCCGCCGCCGGAAACACGCAGCGGCAAGAAGGCGGGCCCCAUGCGGUCGGCCACCCCCACCACCCCGCUCUCAAACGGACGCCUUUCCGAGCCGCCGCCGCCCCCCGAGACGGAGCCGCCCGCCCUUCCGUCAUCCACGCCCCUCGCCCAACAAUCCUCGUCCACACCAGCAGAGUCGGUGAACCAGCGGCCCAAGCGGGCGUCGGCCGGCAAGCUGAUGUUGAUCCGACAAGCACAGCAGCAACUGAGCAGGUCUCACGGCCGCGCCGCCGCAGCCUCUUCCUCCCCCUCGUCCGGCCACAAUCACUCCCGCGCUCCCGGGCACGGCACUACCUCAGACCCCCGACAGGCCGCCGGCGCCGCCUCCCCGCUCGCCAACCGGUCGGGACCGCUCAGGCCCCCGCCGACGGGGCGGCUGGCGGACCGCGACAAGGAGUGGGAGCGCGAGAAGGAGCUGGCGCGGCAGAAGGAGCGCGAGCAGGAGAGGGAGUGGGGUUCUCGGCGGAGCCGUCCCGAAGGGUGGGCGGCGCUGGGCGAGGUGCCCGUCUUCCUGCCGGACUCACGCGAGUUCCAGGACCCCAUGGCCUACCUGGACGGCGUGCGGCAGCAUGCGGAGGCGGCCGGCGUGUGCCGCGUGGUGCCGCCGCCCGACUGGAGGCCCGAGUGCAAGCUCAGCGAGGAGAUGCGUUUCGUCACCACCGUGCAGAGGGUCCACAUGCUGGGACGGCGCUGGGGCCCCAACGUGCAGCGGCUGGCCUGCAUCCGAAAACACCUCAAAUCUCAGGGCAUUACCAUGGACGAGCCGCCCGUCAUCGGCGGCUGCGAAGUGGACCUGGCGCGCUUCUUCCAGGUGCUGAACGACAUGGGCGGCAUGCAGCAGGUGAUGGACCUGAAGAAAUGGAGCAAGCUGGCAGACCUGCUGCGCAUCCCCAAGUCGGCGCAGGACCGGCUGGCCAAGCUGCAGGAGGCUUACCUGCAGUACUUGCUGGCCUACGACUCGCUGGGCGCCGACGAGCGCCUCCAGCUACACGACGAGGUACUGCAGGAGAAGCGUCGACUGGAGGCGCGGCGCGGCCCCCUAGAGGGUCUGGCGGACUCGGCCGCGCCGACGCUGCCCCGCUACGAGCCCAAGAACGGGCUGGCGGGUGGCCUGGUGGGGGGCAGCGGCACCGGCGCCAACGGCAACGGCGUGUACCAGCAUCUGAAGGAUCUGGAGGCUCAGGUCAAAGCGGGCCGGCGCCGCCUCUUCGCUCAGGAAAAACACAGCGGACGAGAGGAUGGGCGGCGUGCCGCCGAGCACCACGAUGACAGCAUCCUUGGCGAGCAGCACAAAUGUAUUUGCAAGGGGAAGUCGGUGUCGCUGACCAACUUCUUCCGGAUAGCUCGUAACACCAUGACCAUGUGCUUCAACAAGGAGCCCGCUGCCAGCGAGGUCGAGCAAGAGUACUGGCGUAUCGUGGAGCAACGCGACGGCCACGUGGCCGUGCACUGCGGCAAGGUGGACACCAGCACGCACGGCAGUGGCUUCCCCACCAGCAAGUCGGAGCCCUUUGCCAAACACGGAUGGAACCUGACGGUCCUCCCCAAUAACUCGGGCUCCAUCCUGAGGCAUCUGGGUGCCGUGCCCGGGGUCACCAUUCCUUGGCUGAACAUCGGCAUGGUCUUUUCUACCUCAUGCUGGUCUCGAGACCAAAAUCGCCUUCCAUACAUCGAUUACCUUCACACUGGUGCUGAUUGCAUUUGGUAUUGUGUCCCUGCUGAGGAGAAGUCCAAACUGGACAAGGUGGUCCACACACUGCUGCAGGCCAACGGGACGCCCGGACUGGAAAUGCUCGAGAAGAAUGUCAUGAUCUCUCCGGAGGUGCUGUGCCGGGAGGGCAUCCGCGUGCACCGCACGGUGCAGCGCAGCGGCCAGUUUGUGGUCUGCUUCCCGGGCACCUUUGUGUCCAAAGUGUGCUGCGGCUACAGCGUGUCCGAGACGGUGCACUUCGCCACGCUGCACUGGAUCAAGCUGGGCUACCAGGCCGCCAAGGACCUCAAGUGCCGGCGCAUCGCCAAGCCCUUCUCCAUGGAGAAGCUGCUCUACCAGAUUGCCACGGCCGAGUCCAAGCGGGACAACGGGCUUCUGCUCACCACCAUCGCCGCCCUCCUCAAAGACCUCAGGAACUUGGAGAUGCGCCAACGCGAGGAGCUGUUCACGGCCGGCCUGCACUCGGCGGCCCGCUACGGCGCUCACGACGAGAGCCGCAAGAAGCCACGCGGCAAGUGGACGGCGCUCGAGUCCUCCGAGAGACGCUGCCAGACCUGCCACCACCUCUGCUACCUCUCCAUGGUGGUACAGGAGACGGACAACGUGGUGUUCUGCCUUGAGUGCGCGCUGCGCUACGUGGAGAAGCACAAAUCGUGCCGAGGCCUCAAGAUGAUGUACAGAUACGACGAGGAGCAAAUCAACGACCUGGUCAACCAGGUGUGCGGGCGGGCCAUGUUGAAGAGCAGCGGGGGUGCGGUGGUGGCGGCGGCGACGGGCGGGGCCGAGGCCUGCCGCCGCCCCGUCAGCCCCGCCCAAGCCUCGCCAGCCAAGCGCAGCGGCCCCAAAGUUGUUCCCUCCAAUUCCCGACGCAGCUCCUGCAUGGGGAAGGAUGCCAGGAAAAGGGUGGUGGUGGUGGUGGUGGUGAUGCUGAUGAUGGUGAUGAAGAAAAAGCCUUACAAUUCCCUUUCUUCAUCGACAUCCCCCUCAGCCUAG